AUGAUGCUUUCCCGAUGUAGCAGACACGCCAUAUCGAGCCUUAGGGGAAUAUCACGGCAAAUCAGUGGCCAGGCCAGAACAAUAGUAGGGUACACAAAAACCCAGUUCCCGCUGAACACAGGCGCCGAGAUCCCAGCCGUAGGGUUUGGAACGUGGCAGGACAAAGAGGCGCAGGAAGAUGCUGUGGUCGAGGCAUUGAAGGUGGGCUACCGGCAUAUCGAUACAGCGCGGAUAUACGGUACGGAGCCGGGUGUCGCCAAAGGCAUCAAAAAGUCGGGCAUCCCUCGUAGCGACAUCUUUCUCACCACGAAGCUGUGGAACAACUCGCACCAUCCCGACGACGUGGAGAAGGCGUGCGAUGCCUCCUUGAAGGACCUCCAGACCGACUAUGUCGACCUCUACCUGAUGCACUGGCCUUGCCCGUGGGCGCGAGGCGACAAAAUGAGGCCCAAGAAGGACGACAAGAUCAUCCCGGGUGACACCGACUACGUUGAAACCUAUCGCGCGAUGGAGAAACUGGUCACCAAGGGCAAAUGUCGCGCCAUCGGCGUGAGUAAUUUCUCCCAUGCAGAAAUGGAGAGACUGCUGAGAGAAACAUCGAUCGUCCCCGCGGCACAUCAAAUUGAAAUGCAUCCGUACCUGGUCCAGGCGCAAUUCUCGACGUGGCAUAAAUCAAAGGGCAUCCACAUCACGCAAUACUCUCCCUUUGGCAACCAGAACGAGAUCUACGACAAAGGCAAGACCAUGGGCAAACUGAUCGACGACCCGGUGUUGAAGGAGAUCGGGAGGAAAUACGGCAAGAACGGGGCGCAGGUAGCUCUGGCGUGGGGGAUCUCAAAGGGCCACUCGGUGAUUCCCAAGUCCAAGACCCCGGCGCGCAUCAAGGCGAAUUUUGAGGGCGAUUUCAAGCUGGAGGACGAGGAUAUCAAGAAGAUCGACGGCCUGGACAAGAAAUUGAGGUUCAACGACCCGUCCGAGUCGUUUGGGUGGAAUUUCUUUGCCGAUCUUGAUGGAAAGAGCACAUGA